AUGAUCGACUCGUGGGAUGACGACUUCAUCCCACCCGAUCUUGAGGAAAAUAUUAUCUCCGUUGAUUUGCCAGACGGUCAUGAACGAGAAGGUUACUCAAUCCACUUGGACAGUGGUAACCAUGAGAAUGAUCUCCAGGCUGCACAAGACACUGAGCUGGACGUGGACAAUAAUGUGCCACUGAUGACUAGGUCCGUCUCCACCGAUAUUAAUGGUGAACGUCAAAGCCUCGACAGGCGCCUCUUGAAUGCCUUAUUGAAUGGAUAUGCCACACUUGUAGAUCAUUGGGAUAAUCCUACGUACUUCACUACCGCCUUCCUAACUUUGUUCCCCUUCGGUAUUGGCGGCCAUUUGGAAAACCGUCUAUUUACCGUGUCCUUAUCUUCUUUUGCUCAAUGGGCAUUGAAGCACCAUAGUAGGAGGUUUGCGCAACACAAAACCUUCAUGUUCCUUAUUGACCCUAUGAUUGGCCGUCUGCUGCAUGUUAUGAAAUCCAUUGCGAUAUGGGUCCCUGGCUCCUUCGCGCAGAAGCUGAGAAUGCGCUCUGAGAUUCGAGGUCUGAUAAUUCGCUUUGGGAUGCCUGCGUUUUGGAUAACCAUCAACCCCUCGGAUUUACGAAGCCCACUUAUGAUCAUCCUGGCCGGUGUCAAGCACUCCGAGGACAUCCUCUCCGCCUCGAAUUCUGCUAUCCGAGGUGCGACCGCCACAUCGAAUCCAGUAGUGGUUGCCUCAUUUUUUCAUUACGUUUGCACCGCUGUUUUGGACGGUUUGUUCACUAGCGGACGCGAUUAUACUAGGAUUCUUGGCGAUGUUUCAAAUCAUUAUAGCGUGGUGGAAACCAACGGCAGAGGCAUAUUACAUUUGCAUGUAAUGGCGUGGCUGAAAGGCAAUCUUUCCUUUGGUUCUCUACGAAGCCGCGUUCUCGCUGACACUGAGUUUGCUGCCCGCGUGCUCCACUACCUCGAAAGCGUUAUCAUCCAAAGCGUAGAUGAGAGUCUUCCCCUUGAUCCGGAAGUCAAUCUUCCGCUAACCUGCCCCUCUGCUUGCGAUCCGGAGUUGGAUCACGAAUUCUACUUCAGACUAGCUAAUGAUAGCAACCUUAUCGCUCGAUCUAAACUAGUACACUCCAAAAACCACUUCGCGACGUGUUUUAAAUACCGCCCAACGGACAGAGCCAAAAACACUUGUCGUUUUGGCAUGCCCCGUGAAAUUGUGCCCUCCUCUGAAAUUGACGACCUUGGUGUUAUUUAUCUAGCUCGGAAUCACCCCUGGAUUAACCCGUGGAAUCCCGCCAUCGCUAGUUGUCUUCGUUCAAAUCACGAUAUCUCUUGGAUCCCGACCGUCUCAAAAUCGUUGACUCUAGUCUACUACAUCACCAAUUAUGCCACUAAAGAUAAUAUGGUAGCAAAAGGGGCUCUCUUAAAACAAGCAAUUGAGAAAGCCAAAUUUACGGACCUACCGACCGCCACUAAUCUACGUCUUCGGGAAAGAGGGAUGGAUAAUUUCGCUCUUCGUUGCUUCAAUAGCCUCGCACACAACCGAGAAAUCGCCAGCACUCUGCUGCAUCUUCCGAGCUACUACACUGUCAACUCUAAAUUCGUCCGUUGGCUAAGACAUUAUAUACACGCUCUUCGAUCUCCGACCGCCACAGACGCUGAUGGUUCCACUGGUAUUGCAGACGAGCCUUGUAUAUUCCGAACUGGGGACGCGGUGCCAGUGAGCCUAUUUAACAACUAUAAAUGGCGCGGAAUCGCCCUUGCCCCUUUCUCAUUCUUUGAAUACUAUAUGCUGGUUCAAAUAGGGCAAAAACAAGGGAGUCCCUCCGACCGCUCCGAUCACUUUGGCUUUGACUCGUCCUAUCCUAAAAGUGAUGCCUGUGUAUAG